AUGGACAUGAUGGCCAAGCAGCUGGAUUUCUUGACUAGUAAGUUCAGCAGUAUGGAAACAGAGCCAACCGGGCUCGAAAGUGAAGAGGUGAAUUACGUGCACCAAGGCGGCAACAAUCGGAAUUUCAACAACAACUACCGCCACCAUCAAGGCGGUGGUAACUUCAAUAGCUUUGGGAAUAAGGCACAUCCUAAUUUGUCUUAUGGGAAUCCUCACAACGCCUUGCAGCCACCUCCGGGGUUUCAAGUGUCGAACGGACAAAUCAUUGAGCCGAAGAAGAAUGAGCUUGGAGAUGUCUUGAUGACGUUUAUGAAGCAGACAGGGGAAAUAAUGGCUAAUUCUGAUAAGAGACUGAAGCAAGUAGAGACAGAUGUGCAGAGCCUAGGCAUUCACAUGAAGAGCAUCGAUACUCAGAUGAGCCAGAUUUCACAGGCUGUGGGACUGCAAAACUAUACAUCUGAGAGUGGAACAAACUACGAGGGACCUUCAAUGCCAUCCGAGAAUGAGGGUAGAGUAGCAGAAAAGAGAGCUGAAGAGGAAGAAUUGGUCGAAGAAGAUGAGACAGUGCAAAUUUCUACUCCACCUAAGGAGAACAUGACUAUACCUUCACUCACACCACAUACAGCUCAUACUCCAGCUGAAGUGAGGAUCCCUUAUCCUCAACGUGUUCAGAAGAAGAAGACAGAUGCUCAGUUCUCGAGGUUCUUAGACAUCUUCAGGAAGGUGAACUUAAAUAUCCCAUUGGUGGAGGCACUUCAAGAAAUGCCUACAUAUGCAAAGUUCCUAAAAGAUGUGCUCUCCAAGAAGAAGAAGUGGACUGACUAUGAGACGGUGAACAUAUCUGAAAACUGUAGUGCCAUAAUUCAGAAAAAGCUACCGGCCAAGCUUAAAGAUCCUGGGAGUUUCAACAUCUCAUGCGUCAUUGGAAAUGACAAACAGACAAGGGCACUUUGUGAUCUGGGAGCGAGCAUAAAUUUGAUGCCAUUAUCGUUUUUCAGAAAGAUGAAGAUCGACACUCUCAAGCCGACUACAAUCACACUGCAGAUGGCAGAUAGAACCGUCACCUAUCCUAAAGGAAUUGUUGAGGACGUUCUUGUGAAAGUACACGACUUCAUAUUUCCCGUCGAUUUUGUAGUAUUGGAUAUGGAAGAAGACGUGAAUGUACCGCUUAUCCUGGGGCGUCCAUUCCUUGCAACGGGAAAAACAUUGAUAGAUACAGCGAGGGGAGAGCUCACUCUUCAUAUGGGCAACAAACGCCACAUCUUAUCUAUCUAUAAUGCUAUGAAGAGUCGUGAGGAAGAGGAAAAGGAGUGCAAAGUUGUGCAUGUUGUAGAAGUCCAAAAGGCACAAGAAAUUGAGUCCACAUUUGGGGAUUUUUCUUUGCCGCAAUGGAUGUUUGGUUCAUGUGGUGGAUCAAUUUCUAAAGAAGAGACUGCAUCAAAUGCCAAAGUGAAGGAGAAGAAAACAAAAGCUGAAAAUUCACCCAAAGUGGAAACCAAAAUUUCUGAUGGAGCUCUGAAGAAUACUUGGUGGAAGAAGAGAUUGGCAAGAUCAUAUGCUUCCAAGAUUGGCAGAAAAUCCAACACCACCAUUUAUGGCGUGACAUGA